AUGCGCUUCUGGCGUGUCCCUGAGGGCAUCACCGGAGCAUCUGUGGGCUGCACACAGCCGCUGCCGGCGCCCUGCCACCUGUCCUCUAGUCUUGCUCUGAAAGCGGGAGGCAGUGACAAUGAGCAGAGAAGGGAUGGGAAGGAGCGGCCGGCUCCGGCCCAGGAGGGCGGAGGGCAAUUGGCCUUGCAGUUCCCGGAGGAGAAGAACAUUAUCCUCAUCCAGUGCCCAGCACUUAACAGAUGUCUUGCUAUUCAGGGGCUCAGGCCGGAAGGCAACUGGGCCAAAGAAUUUCUGACACAGUUCAUCCGAUGGAUUGAUGGUCCAUUCCCUCGAAGCGCACAGGGUAACUUCCAAGGACUGCACCCACGGAGCAAGUCCCCUUGCCUCAGGGAGAGGCAGGAUGGGGCCAGGUGGGAAGAGAACAGCAGGGACACAGAUCUGUCUCGCUGCUGCCUGUGCGAGGAGCUGCUGAUCCGGUGUGGAAGCCGAACCUGCGGCCUCGGCCCGCUGUUUGGACGCAUGGUCCACAUCGAGACCAAGGACAUCCAGCGACGAACGCUCCAGCGGGCGGCGGCGGCGGCGGCUGGAGAGUUCGCCUUCGCCUACCUGGCCUGGCUCAUCUACUCCAUCGCCUUCACGCCGAAGGUGGUGCUCAUCCUGGGCACGUCCAUCCUGGACCUCAUCGAGCUGCGCGCGCCCUUCGGCACCACCGGCUUCCGCCUCACCGUGGCGCUGUCGGUGCCGCUGCUCUAUAGCUUGGUGCGCGCCAUCAGCGAGGCGGGCGCGCCCCCGGGCUCGGCCGGACCCCUGCUCCUGCAGCCGCAGCAGCACCGCGCCGCGGGCUGCUUCCUGGGCACGUGUCUGGACCUGCUCGACAGCUUCACGCUGGUGGAGCUGAUGCUGGAAGGCCGCGUGCCGCUGCCCGCGCACCUGCGCUACCUGCUCAUCGCGGUCUACUUCCUCACCCUCGCCUCGCCGGUGCUCUGGCUCUACGAGCUGAACGCCGCGGCCGCGGCCGCUUGGUCCUGGGGCCAGGCCUCGGGGCCCGGCAGCUGCAGCCGCCUGCUCCGCCUUCUGGGCGGCUGCCUGGUGGACGUGCCCUUGCUGGCCCUGCGCUGCCUCCUGGUGGUGAGCUACCAGCAGCCUCUCUCCAUCUUCAUGCUCAAGAACCUGUUCUUCCUUGGCUGCCGCGGCCUGGAGGCCCUGGAGGGCUGCUGGGACCGGGGCAGCCGGACCUCUCCCAGCCGGGCCAGAGGUGGCUACGGUGCUCCGCCCUCUGCGCCUCCGCCGCCGCCGCCGCCUCCGCCGCCGCCUCAGGGAGGCUCGCAGCUGGGCCACUGCAUCUCUGAGAACGAGGGAGGGCCCCAUGGCUACGUCAACACCUUGGCCGUGACCUCCCAGAACUGAGGGGUGAAGGGCGGGGGGCCUUGCUUUUGGGAUGAGCGUGUGCAGCUCCCUUGGCCUCUGACCCCUUACAGGGGUUUCAUCAGGGUAUGUUUGGGAGAAGCGACUGUUACUAGGGCUAAGGGUGCGUGUGUUUCUCUGUACGCAAGGGGUACUGCUUGGAGGGGACCAGCAGUCAAUUGAAAGGGAGGUCGGUCCGCUGACCUUGUGCUCUGUCUUCGUAUUCUACUCCAGUCCCUGACCUCCAAGGAGCUGGAUAACUGUGCUUCCCGCUUUCCCCACCUCCCCAGUUCCAAUCCACCGUGGGGAAGAAUGGAGGACAGGGGGCGUCCAGGCAGAGGCUGCUGUGCUUUGCGCCUGCACCGGGCUCUAUAGGUUGUGGUUGAUGGCUGUUGCCUCAGAAUCCACUCUUCCCCUGAUGUGUCUUUACUGGACGGACGGUAGACGAUAAGCGCGUGUCUGUGUGCGUGUGUGUGGGUGCGCGCGCGCGCGGUGCUGUCUCUUUGUGUACCCGGUGGCCCCUUACAAUCCAUAGAUUGGGAGGCCUUGCCUUCCCACCACACAUCCCACCACCGUUCUCCUUCUGGCUUGAAUUUGUGUGCAUGAAUUCCCAGGACGAGCGAGGCCUUGGAGCUGCCCAGUUACUCUCCUCCGAGGGAGAAGCUGACCCAGGGUCUCCCUCACUUCCUCUCCUCUCUUCUCAGCUUGGGGAGGAGGGUGUCCCACACUCGAAGGACCAAAUGGCACCCUUUUUCGGGUGAGCGAGCAAUUCUACCUCCGUGCUUUCAACUUUUGCUGCAUCAUCGCUGAUGCUGCUUGCAAAAAAUUAAAUGAAAUACUCAGAAGUUGCAUUCAACGUGGCCACCAGACCCCGUUGGGUUUUGGUGCCAGUGUGGUUACAGGGUCUGUGGAAUAUCAGCCAUUGGCUUGGCCUCCUGUUCCUCCGUCUGCACCCAGAAUGGCUCUCCUUCCUGCGGCUUGGUCCCGGCUGGGGCACAGCAGGACUCAGCAUAGCUGUAGGGGAAGAGGUGCCUGGAUGGAUGUGAAAUCGGGCUUCCUAUGGGCCCAAGGGAGUAGGACACCCAGUGCCCUAUGUGCCCCUCCUCUGGGAAGCGUGGGGUAGAUGAGAAAGGGUGGCAGUGCCCUCUGCUCUGCUGACAGGGCUCCCAAGGGAAGGGGCAGGCUGCAGAGCCCUGCUGGGGUGUCUUCCCCACAGACUCCUCUUAUUGAGGUGAUGACAAGGGACGGCCAGGGGUUUCCCACCUACAGUCUUGGUGUGGGACAUCCCUUUGGAGUCUCUGAGACAAAGGACUAUUUUUAGGGAGGUAAGGACGCAGGAUGACAUGGAGCAAGGCCAGGAAAUACUCACUUUCUUCCACCCACAGUGUUAGGGUGGGGACAGAAUGUCAGGAUUUUUGGUCCUCCCUCUCCUUUUUUCCGCUUUGGGAGUUCCACAAAUCCUGGACAAGGGACCAGGAGGCAUGGGAGACGUGGGUUCUAGUUAUGGCUGUCACUCACUAGUUUGGAGUGCGAGAUCAUUUUUACUUUCUGGGCCUCAGGCACCUUCCAGAUCUAGCGCUGUUUGAGUUUAGAGUUCUUGAAAACCCUGACCCUCUGUAAAAAGUGGCAGCAGUGGAGAGGAGAGGAGAGGAGCGGGCCACAAUCCAUCUGCGUGCGGGCCCUUCCCUGUUUGGCUCUGGGGCUGUCUGAAGCCUCUGACCUGGAGGGAGAAGGCUCCGGCUGGGUGGACGGCUGGGCCCUCACUGCUGCCCUGCCGCCAACCUUCCCAAGAGCCCCAAGCACAAGGAGGGGCCCAAAGGGCCAGGUGACUGGCCAGUAACUCAGCACCUGGGCUAGUGGCCACCUGUCUUUUGGUUUUGCUGGGUUCUCCAAGAACUGAGGGCGUCUGGGGGUCCUUCUCUUCCAGCCUCCUAGGGGCUUGUGAGCAGAUGUCAUGGAGGCAGAGACAGCCGAGGGGCCGAGCGUAGGCCUGAGUGCCCGGAGCCAGCUGGCCCUCAGAGUGGGCACCGGUGGGGAAAUGUUUACAGUCACUGCCCUCUGCACUCCUCGGCCAGUGCUGGCGGGCUGGUUUCUGCCAGUUCUCCUUCCCCUCACCGGCUCCUCUUCUCUGCUGUUGGAUUCAAGGUUCGAGGCGCAGGCCCCUGGUGGGGAUGACGGCUGCCGUCCCCUUCUCUCCAGCUCUGCCGUUUCUCUGCUACCUAAUGUCAGUGACUGUGAAAGGACAUUAUUCUGAGCCAUGGCUGGCGCAGGCUGGCCCCCGACCCACCCUCUUUCUACUGUUUGGAUGGCCAUCUGGCUUGCGAGUGACCGGCUGGCUGUGACCUCUGAGUGCUGUCGGGCUUUGAGUGGGGCUGUGACAGGUUCCGAUGAGCUGCCACUUCCCUGGGUAUGUCAGGAGAUGGGUGGCGACGGGGCCCGUGUGGCAGAGGCCGGGCCUGUCAGAUCCAGCUGAGGGGCCCCAGCUCACCCUGGCCAUCUUUUUUUAUACGUUUGCUACAGUGACUGUGCUCAGGGUGCUGGUUCCUUUCUUCUGGUGUGUUUUCCUUGGGUCCUGUCAUUUACUGUCCUUGGCCCACUCAUAAGCAGCGGCCCCUCAAGCUCUACUUCCCUUGCUUUCUAGGGCAUCAGUGGUGCAGGGGUGUUCUGUCACUGAGCUAUCUUCCCAGCCCUGAACCUUAUUUGUUUUUUAAAAAGACUAGAUCCUCUCUAAAAACUU